ACGCUGUGUCCGACGCUGUGUCCGUCUGCUUGCCUGUCUGUCUGCAUCUUCUUCCUCCACGUCCACCACCAGCCGAGGACCAACGGCACCAUGGCCCUGAUCUCUUCCCUCCUGGCCCUCCGCCGCGACGCCCGCGUCCAGAAACUGCCCCCCUAUCUCUCCGCCCUGCUCGUCAUUGUUGGCGUCGCCUGGUUGUUUGCCCUCCCCCUCGACAGCUACUCCCGCAGGACCUAUGUCUCGGAGAAUGCCCUGCUGCCUGCCCAGGUUCACACCUACUUUGGUGGGAGCGAGCACAACAUCUUCCGCGCCUACAGGCACGAGGUCGCCGCGCUAGCUGAUUCGUCCGUCGCCGACCGCUCCAAGAAGCUCGCCGACAUUUUCCGCGAGAGCAACCUCAAAGUGGCAUCCCAAAAGUAUACUUAUUCCGCCGCCAACCGCACCAUCGACAACGAGAAUGUCUACGCCAUCUUGCAGGGGCCCCGCGCCGAUGCCACCGAGGCCAUUGUCCUCAUGGCUGCAUGGAAGAACAUGGACAACGACAUCAACUAUUCCGGAGUAGCCCUCGCCCUCUCCAUGGCCCGCUAUUUCAAGAAGUGGAGCUUGUGGAGCAAGGACAUUAUCAUCCUCAUCCCCGGCGACAGCACUAGCGGUUCCCAGGCCUGGGUCGACGCCUACCACGAUGCCCACGAUCCGGAAACCAUUCAGAGCCUCCCCAUCAAGAGCGGCGCCCUCCAGGGUGCUGUUGCUGUCGAUUAUCCCGCUGGUCCUUGGGGUCACCGCUACGAUAAGCUGCACAUCGUCUACGAUGGCACCAACGGCCAGCUCCCCAAUCUCGACCUCUUCAACACCGCCGUCAACAUUGCCGGCGGCCAGAUGGGCAUCGCGAGCACCCUCCAGCGCAUGUGGUCACACUCGGAUUCGUACCGCGACCGUCUCCAGACCAUCUUCCGAAGCAUGGUCUCGCAGGGUCUAGGUCACGCGACCGGCCCCCACAGUGCAUUCAUCCCCUACCACGUCGACGCCAUCACCCUGAAGACUGUCGGCGAUGGAUAUCACGAUGAAAUGGGCCUUGGCCGUACCGUCGAAAGUAUCUUCAGGAGCUUGAACAACCUGCUCGAGCACCUCCACCAGAGCUUCUUCUUCUACCUCCUCCUCGAGGCGAAGCGAUUCGUCAGUAUCGGCACGUACCUUCCCAGCGCCAUGCUGAUCGCAGCGAGCUUCAGCAUCAUGGCGAUUGCAAAGUGGGUGGAGAGCGGACGACCCUCGUCCGUGCCUAACCCAGCAUCCACCAAACCUCCACCAAAAGCCUCAGACUCGAAAGCGAAAGACAAGCCCACCGAGGGCACCAAGAAAACCGAUGCAAAAGAACCAGCACCCUCGAAACAAGCCUCCUCGGAUUCCAAACAACCCAAGACGGAAAAAGAAGAAAAAGAAAAAGAAGACUCCUCAACCACCACCACCCUCCAAUCGGGCUCCUCAAAAUCAAUAAUCCCAAAGGCAUUCACCUCCAUAGUCUCCCGCCCCUUCUUCUUCCCCCUCGCCCUUGUUUUAGCCGUACACCUCUCUGGUCUCGUGCCUCUAAUCGCCUUCAACCACUUCCCUGACACGGAACUCCUCGCACUAUUCCGCACCGCCUCCAAUCUCAUCAUCAUGGUACCAAUCUUCUGCGCCUUUGCCAUCCGCUGGUCCACAAACAUGGACGUUGCGCGCCCCACUCCCCAGGAGAACAACCUCAUCCAAUGCUUCAGCCUCCUCUUCCUCGGCAUGCUGCUAUCCACGCUCGCGACCAUCAACUUCAGUCUCGCGUUCUUCGUGGGGCUGGCGUGUGCGCCGUUGAGCUUUGUCAGGGAAAGCUCAGACUACAUCACAACCGGCAUUCUGUAUGGUGGGCUCGCCGUCAUCAACCCGCUGGCCGUUGCGCAUCUCGCCAUGAAGGUUGGUGGCGUCGAGAUCUUGGAUGUGCUGGUUAAAGCGAGCGAAGGGUGGCAUGUGUGGGGGAUGUGGACCCAGGUCGUUGUGUGGCUUGUUUGGUGGCCUGCGUGGAAUGUGGCGGCUUUUGUGGUGGCGUUGGGCUUCUUCUAG